CGCCUGCCGAAAUCGAAAACAAAGAACUAAACUUGACACAGCCAUCAUCUCGCAUCAUCGCAUCUCGACCAUAUACGUACAUUCCAUCGAUCAUCAUAACACGGGCUCAGCAUCUCCACCAGCCUGACCACCUACUCUGGGAUCUCAUACUCCUCUGGUCACCUCCUCUCGUCGACGCUGGAUCUCUCGUUCCCUCAACUCGCCCUCUCUUCUAUUGAAAGAACGCCGAGAGACCGGUCGACCUCGACCUCGCACUCGUAUCCAUCAUGCCGAGACGCGAAUCGCUCGACUCACAACGAGCCCAAGGCGCAUCCUCUGCUUAUGGCUAUCAGCAGCAGGAUGCCUCCCAAGAUCCUCGUAGUCGAAGGAGGGGACCCGCUGGGAUCAUUACCUCCCUCGUCGAUCGUUCGUCGCGACACACUCAACAGGACCAGGACUAUGACGAUGGUGCGGGCGAAGCCUUGCCUCCUCCUCAACUCCCCUUCGUCAGCUCGGGCUCGGAUAGGAACUUUGGUCCUGGCUCGAGGAGAGACUCUUCUCAAUCCCUCGCCGGGUCGUUCGUCUCCAAGGCGUCGAGGGAUUCCAAACCAUCGAACCGCAAGUCGGGCGUGCUCUCGACUCACUAUGUGCCUAGCAAGAUGGCGAACCUUCAUCAACCGGGGCAGUACGCGCAUCGUCGUCCUGCCAAACGAGGGGGUGGUAUGAACGCUUGGAAUGCCGAGGGACAUGGGCGUAUGGGAGGAGAGGACGAGGACGGUGAUGAAGGCAGAAGGGCGACCGGGCCUGUCAAGGACAAUACCGGAAAGCCGAAAAAGUUGGUUUGGAACCGGUUCAAAUGGGUCAUCUUUAUCGCCAAUAUCGUGUUCCUCGCCUACUCGAUCGCCAUCAUGGUCGUCACCUUGCUCGUAUGGUUUGACAUCUUCAACAACUCGGACGUCCUGCGAGUUGGAAACCGGACCGAACUCAUCAUCUCGACUGCGGCGGGAGCUCUGUGCCUCUUGACCGCCAUCAUGGGUUUCUCAGGCAUCCUACUCAACAACAGGGCUUUCUUGGCGUUCUACACGCUCUUCCUUUGGUUCUGCCUCGCGUUGAUCGUCGCACCUGGAUACAUCACCUACAAGAAAAAGACCUUCAAUCUGGAAGGCAAGAUCAACGCUCAGUGGAGUCGAGACCUCGGCUUGGACGGGAGAGUCAGGAUCCAGAAUGCGCUCCACUGCUGUGGCUAUUACUCUCCGUUCGUCGAAGCGGUGGCGUCCAACACCUGCUACCCUCGAUCGAUCCUUCCCGGUUGCAAAUCCAAGUACCUCAAGUUUGAACGACGAGCGAUGCAGGCUUGGUACACCGCCGCCUUUGCCCUCGUACCCGCACAGAUCGGUAUGAUCGUCAUUGGGCUCCUCUGCUCCAACCACGUCACCUAUCGAUUGGGCAAGGGUAUCAUUCCGAAGCAAUACCGAUUGGACGAGGCUAGCACGGCUCAGCUCUUGAACCAAUACGCCGCCGACAUUGCGGCUCAGUACCCGACGCUCGCUCAAGAAGCGCUGCAACGAACCAAUUCUGCGACCAUGUUGAACGAAAAAGGUCACGGAAUCAAGACCAGCCGUGCUUCCUCUUUCAGCAGUCUCCGACAGUAGCUGCACGGGUUAAUCCAUGUCCUCCGUCACAAUACCGAAUUUCAAGUGACAGUUUCGUAACACCUAUAUUAUAUAGAACCUAGAAAUUUCUCGAAUGUAUCGGUCCAUGUCAUUGUCAUUGUCGUAGUAUCAUUCAGCAUCUUCUUAACCAGAUCCGUGCUGCUGCUUGGAUAUGGUUCCUAGUCGAGGUGACAUAGCGAGCCCUCGUGAGCAGGCGAAUGGCGUGUUCUACUGAUGGCACAAUACAAGCACACUCCGUGUGUCUCCCUACUUUUGCUGUUGCGCAAC